AUGUUAGGGACGAAAUUUGAUAAUUUGGCAAACCUCAGGGACCAUUUGCAUGAAUCAAAAUUUAUUGACAACAUCGUUGAAGCUAUUUCAUUACAAGUAUUAAACCAUGUGUAUUUGAAUGUAGCAAAGUACCCAGUUGGAAUAGAGUCUCGUGUGCGCGCGAUAGUUAAGCUUUUGGGUGUUGGAGGAAACGAUAUUCGCAUGGUAGGGAUAUGGGGCACUGGUGGAAUAGGUAAGACAACAAUUGCUAAAGCUGUUUAUAAUUCCAUCGCCCAUAUGUUUGAAGGUAGCUGUUUUCUAGAUGAUGUUAGAGAAAGAUCAAUGCCGUAUGAAGGCUUAGUCAAACUACAAAGUAUUCUUCUUUCUGAGAUUCUAGGGGUGAAAGAAGUAAAGGUGACCAAUGUUGACAAAGGAAUCAAUGUGAUAAAGAAAAUGUUGAAUGGCAGCAGAAUUGUUCUAACGACAAGAGAUAAGCAUUUGCUAAUUGCUCAUCAAGUCAAUCUAAUAUAUGAGGUUGAGAAGUUAGAUCAUUAUGAGUCCUUAAAGCUCUUCGCCAGUUGGAAUUCAUUUUCAAGAAAUGGACACUUAGAAGAUGAUUAUGCGAAACUUGCAAACGAUGUAGUAGACUAUGCUGAGGGUCUUCCAUUAGCUCUGAUGGUUUUGGGUUCACAUCUAUGUGGUAGAAGUAUUGAUCAAUGGAAAUAUGCAUUAGAUGGUUACAGAAGAGUUCCUAACCGAGAGAUUCAAGAAAUUCUCAAAAUAAGUUAUAAUGCACUAGAAGAUGGGGUGAAGGAAGUUUUCCUUGAUAUUGCAUGUUUCUUUAAAGGUCGAGACAAGGAUUAUGUGAUACAAAUACUGGAAGGUUGUGACCUCAACCCUAAGUAUGAUCUUGAAGUACUCGUGGAAAAGGCUCUUAUAAAUAUUACGUAUGAUGGCUGCAUUUGGAUGCAUGACUUGAUACAAAAAAUGGGUAAAGAAGUAGUUCGCCAAGAGUCACCAACUGAGCCUGGAAAACGUAGUAGGUUGUGGUUUCACGAGGAUGUUUACCAUGUUUUAACAGAAAACACAGGAACGGAUAUGAUCAAAGGUAUUAUGGUGAAGUUGCCUGCUGGGCUUGAGUUAGACGAGGUAUGUUUGAAUGCUGAAAGCUUCUCAAAGAUGAAAAAUCUUCGACUUUUUAUAAAUCAUAAUGCGCGCUUGUCUGGAGAAGUUGAUUAUCUUCCCAAUGAGUUGAGGCUCCUUAGCUGGCCUGAAUAUCCGUCACAAUCUUUGCCACCCAAUUUUAAUCCAAAGAAACUUGUUGCUCUUACUAUGCCUCGUAGCCGCAUUUUACGACUGGAUUUGGAAUUCAAGAGUUUGAAAUUUCUAAAUUUGGAGCGCAGCAAAUUCCUAAGAAAAACCCCUGACUUCUCUGGAGUCCCAAACUUGGAGACGUUGAAUCUAGACGAUUGUACAAGUUUAGUUGAGCUUCAUCCUUCUGCUGGAUUCCUUCAUAAGCUUGUUAAGUUGAGGCUUAUGGGAUGCCGUAGUCUUACUCUGUUUCCUGAAAUUAAGGGGAAGAUGGAAUCUUUGAAAUACCUGUAUCUAGCAUACACUUCCAUCAAAGAAUUGCCUUCAUCGUCAAUUCGACAUUUCACUCGUCUCGAGGAAAUGAAUUUAACCGGAUGUGAAAACCUUACAAAUCUGCCAUUCAGCAUUUAUGAGUUGAAGCACCUAGUGUCAAUUUCUGUCAUGAAAUGCUCAAAAUUGGUUUCAUUUCCUAAAAUGGAGAAGUCUGAAGAUUCAAGGAGUGCAGAAUCACUUGUGACUCUUCAAGGAGGCAAUUUAGCGUUUCCCAAGCUAUCUAGAUUCUAUGUGGGCCGAUCCAAUCUUUCAGACAUUGCCGACCUUCUGACUCUUGAUUGCAUGACCAAAUUAACUACACUUGAUCUAUCAGGAAGCAAUUUCUUGCAAGAGACUUAG